AAUAGUAUACCUUUGGCCUCUUUCUAAUAAAGAAAUACAAAGGGCAUGCCAGUAACACUAUAGAUCCAGUACUCAAGUGUCGGUGGAGACUUCUGUCUCUGAAUGUUCGAAAAUGGCAACCUCAGUUUCUUCAUCGCUAGUCCCACUUCUCUUCUUUGCAAGAAUCUCGGGUCUUUUGGCUGCAGCUUUAGUCAUUUAUUGGGCUCUUGUUUUCAAGUCUAGCUUUCUACCUCAAUCUACCUCUCAAGAAGACCUCGUUUAUGCAGUUCUCCAUCCUUUGCUAAUGGUGAUUGGUUUCAUUCUCAUCAGUGGAGAAGCAAUCUUGGUACAUAGAUGGUUGCCUGGUUCAAGGGGUUUCAAGAAAUCAGUGCAUUUGUGUCUUCAAGGACUGGCUUUGGCUUGUGGGAUUUUUGGGAUAUGGACAAAGUUUCAUGGCAACGAUGGGAUUGUGGCAAAUUUCUUUAGUUUGCAUUCCUGGAUGGGUUUAAUCUGCAUAUCCUUGUUCGGAGCUCAGUGGUUGAUGGGUUUCAUGAGCUUUUGGCACCGAGGCGAAAUGCGAACAGUGAGGAUAAGAGUGUUACCAUGGCACGUCUUUCUUGGUCUCUACACAUAUGGGUUAGCCGUGGCAACAGCAGAAACAGGACUACUAGAAAAGAUUACAUUCUUGCAAACAAAGAAAGAUGCAUCCAAACACUCCUCGGAAUCCAUGGUUGUCAAUAGUUUAGGACUGAGUUUAGCUUUGCUGAGUGGCAUUAUAAUAUUAGCCGCAGUUUCUCCCAAGUUUCAAAGGGACCUUACGUACUCUGAAUCAAAGAAAAUGAUGACAAUAUGAUGUGCUGUGCGCUUAGUGAUGUUUUAUGUACAUCGUGCAAAUUAAGUGCCUGUUAUUGAUAGCGGUGAAGAUAACGUCUUGCAUCUAUUUUCUAA